AUGGGGAAAGACGAGGAGGAGAUGAGGGGGGAGAUUGAGGAGCGCCUCAUAAACGAGGAGUACAAGAUUUGGAAGAAGAACACUCCUUUCCUCUACGAUCUGGUCAUAACCCAUGCGCUCGAGUGGCCGUCGCUGACCGUCGAGUGGCUGCCGGACCGGGAGGAGCCGCCGGGCAAGGACUAUUCGGUCCAGAAGAUGAUUCUGGGGACUCACACAUCGGAGAACGAGCCCAAUUAUCUGAUGCUGGCGCAGGCGCAGCUGCCGCUCGAGGAUGCCGAGAAUGACGCCCGCCAGUAUGACGAUGAACGAUCUGAGUUCGGUGGUUUUGGGUGCGCGAAUGGGAAGGUGCAAAUUAUCCAGCAAAUUAACCAUGAUGGGGAGGUCAACCGGGCUCGAUAUAUGCCGCAAAACCCAUUUAUUAUUGCAACAAAGACUGUUAGUGCAGAGGUUUAUGUUUUUGAUUAUAGUAAACAUCCGUCUAAACCUCCUUUGGACGGCACAUGCAACCCUGACUUGCGGCUGAGGGGCCAUAGUACUGAAGGAUACGGUUUGUCAUGGAGUCAGUUGAAGCAGGGCCAUUUAUUGAGCGGUUCGGAUGAUGCCCAGAUAUGUUUGUGGGACAUAAACGCGACUCCAAAGAACAAGGCUCUUGAUGCAAUGCAAAUUUUUAAGAUUCAUGAAGGUGUUGUUGAAGAUGUGGCAUGGCAUCUGAGGCAUGAGUACUUGUUUGGUUCUGUUGGAGAUGAUCAGUAUCUGCAUAUAUGGGACCUUCGUACUCCAGCUGUUAGCAAGCCUAUACAAUCUGUGGUUGCUCAUCAAAGUGAGGUGAACUGUUUAGCUUUUAAUCCAUUCAACGAGUGGGUUCUAGCAACAGGGUCCACUGAUAAGACUGUCAAAUUAUUUGACAUGAGAAAGCUUUCGACUGCCCUCCAUACUUUUGAUUGCCACAAGGAGGAAGUAUUCCAGGUUGGAUGGAAUCCGAAGAACGAGACUAUCUUAGCUUCUUGUUGCCUUGGUAGGAGGCUCAUGAUUUGGGAUCUUAGCAGGAUUGAUGAGGAGCAGACGCCAGAGGAUGCCGAGGAUGGCCCACCCGAGUUGAUAUUCAUUCACGGUGGCCACACGAGCAAGAUCUCAGAUUUUUCAUGGAACCCUUGUGAAGAUUGGGUUGUUGCUAGUGUUGCCGAGGAUAAUAUACUCCAAAUUUGGCAGAUGGCCGAUAAUAUAUACCAUGACGAGGACGACCUACCUGGAGACGACGCAAAUAAAGGUUCCUAG